AUGACUCAGAACUACCAGCACAUCCUGGCCUUGGUUUUUGCUAUAAAGGAAAUAAAUGAAAAUCUGCAGCUCCUACCUAACAUCACACUGGGAUUCAAUAUCUAUGACAGUUAUUUGGAUGCAAGGUGGACUUUGCGUGCUGCAAUGCAACUUUUUUCCACAAGGAACAGAUUUGUCCCCAACUACAAGUGUGACAUCCAAGACAAAGUCAUUGCUAUCAUUAAGGGACUUGACUCAAAAAUCUCCUACCUUAUACCAGAUGCUUUGGGCAUCUACAAGAUUCCACAGCUCGUGAUCACCCCCCAGCAGUAUCGGCCACGGACUUCAACCACUACCAUGGACAAGGCUCCUGCUCGGAGGGAUGCGAUCCUGACCCACCAUAAGAGAAGGGUGCGGUUGGCUGAGGCGGAACCCGCCAACCCGGGUUCCCUGGAGUCAGGCGAAGCAGAGACUGCCCUCGAGACCCAAGGGAAAAUCCGAGGCAGAGUCGACUACCUGGGGUCGAAGUUGAAAGGGGCUGAGAAGAGGUGGUACGUGAGCCUGUAUGAGGCCAUGAGCCCGGAGCUGGACUAUGUGCAGACUUUCCUCCAGGCUCUACUGGCCCAAUACGAGGACCCCCUCCAGGAGACACGGGCUCUGGCCGCCCUGAGGGACAUGCAACAGGGCUUCCGAUCCAUUCGGGAGUACGCGGCGGAGUUGCGGACCAAUGCAGCCAAGGUACAGGGAUGGAGUGAGCUGAUGAAGAUCAAACACUUCACCCGAGGGCUGAACACUGGCAUCCUGGAUCAGGCCCUUACCCAAGCCAGACCCACACCCUGCUUACUACGUCGAGACCCCGGGGCUUUCGUCUGGCACCCUCGAGCACCAGCCCCCCAGCCCGUCUUGAUUGGGAACCAGAACCACCACGAAGUCCAAGAAAUCCUGGACUCUAGACUCUUCUAUGGGUCUGCUCCAAUUAUGCUUGAUAACACUCAAGUGCCUUUCUCCUACCAGAUGGUCCCACCUGAAAUGCAUCAAUACAUGGGGAUUCUCCAGUUACUUCUCCAUUUCAAGUGGACAUGGAUUGGAUUCUUUACAGUGACUGAUAUGCAUACAGAAUGGUUUUUGCAAAUGGUGUAUCCGGUAUUUUCCCAAUAUGGCAUCUGUUUAGCUUUCAUGGAAUCCUGUUCCAGUUUCAUUAUUGCCAACAACUGGGAAAAAUUUGAGAAAUGGUGGCUGAAGCUGUAUAAUGCACUCAUGGACAAAGCAACCAAUGUGCUCAUCUUCUAUGGAGACAAUACCUCCAUGAUAAUUUUCAGAUGGUUGCUAAGUCAUAAACACAUAGCACAAAAUGAACACAUAGCAGAAAAGCCCAAAGAUUCCAUUCUGGGUAAUAUGAAUAUAAAGAACUGCACUGGAGAGGAGAGAUUAGAGAACCUUCAUGAGCAUAAUUUUGAAAUGAUGACUGGCCAUGGCUACAACCUCUACAAUGCUGUCUAUGCUGUAGCCCAUGCUUUACAUGCCAUGUAUUCAUCCAACUCCAAAAGAAGAGCAACAAUAGAUGGACAGAAGAUAAAGCUUAAAAACUGGCAGUUGUGGGAGCUCCACCAUUAUUUGAGACAAAUCUCAUUUAACAACAGUGCUGGGGACAACAUUUCUUUUGACAAAAACAGGAACUUAGUAGCAGGAUUUGAUGUUAUCAAUUGGCUCACAUUCCCAAACCAGUCCUUUCUUAGAGUAAAAGUUGGAAGUGUGGAUCCCAAGCCUCCUGCAGAUCAAAUAUUCACCAUUAAUGAGGAUGCCAUUACAUGGCAUAACUGGUUUAACCAGGCAUGGCCCCUUUCUGUAUGCAAUGACAACUGCUAUCCAGGUUUUAGGAAGAAAAAGAAAGAAGGGAAGCCAUUCUGCUGCUAUGAUUGCACUCCAUGUCCUGAAGGGACAGUAUCUGGCCAAAAUGACAUGUGUGACUGCUUUAAAUGCCCAGAUGAGUACUAUUCAGAUAAGGACCACGCUUCAUGCAUCCUCAAAAUUAUAACCUUUUUAUCCUAUGAAGAACCUUUGGGUAUUGGUCUAGCCACUGGAACUUUAACAUUUUCUUUGAUCACGGUUCUUGUACUAGGAACAUUUGUGAAACACAACAACACUCCCAUUGUGAAAGCCAAUAACAGAAACCUCAGCUAUAUGCUUCUCAUCUCCCUCCUGCUGUGCUUCCUUUGUACAUUAUUAUACAUUGGCCAGCCUAGAAAUGUGACAUGUAUCCUUCGCCAUACUACCAUUGGCAUCAUCUUCUCAAUAGCUGUUUCUUGUAUCUUGGCCAAAACUAUCAUUGUCAUUCUUGCGUUCAUGGCUACCAAGCCAGGAUCUAGAAUGAGGAAAUGGGUGGGGAAAAGAACAGCUAGUUACAUAGUUAUUGUCUGUUUCUUUAUCAAAGUUGGCAUUAGCGCAGUGUGGAUGACAACUUCCCCUCCAUUCCCAGAUGCUGACAUGCAUUCAGUGAUGGAAGAAAUUAUACUUGAAUGUAAUGAAGGGUCCAUGAUUAUGCUGUUCUCUGGCCCAGCCUACAUCGGUUUCCUGGCCAUCGCCACCUUCAUUGUAGCUUUCCUAGCCAGGAAGCUACCAGACAGUUUUAAUGAAGCCAAAUUCAUCACUUUCGGCAUGUUGGUCUUUUGCAGUAUUUGGUUAUCCUUUGUUCCAAUCUACUUGAGCACUAAAGGGAAAUACACAGUGGCUGUGGAGAUUUUUUCUAUCUUAGCCUCUAGUGCUGGAUUGUUGGGAUGCAUGUUUUUCCCCAAGUGUUACAUCAUUGUACUAAAGCCUAAAAUGAACAGCAAGGAAUGGAUCAAAAGGAAAAGUCAUUGA